AUGCCGUGUGUGGCUAUGCAGUACAUAUCACCAAGUACUUCAUUCAACAUAGAGCGUACAACAUCCACAAAACGUGCAACCGCUUCUGGUUAUAUAUGUAAGGUGUUAGAUAUUUUUGAGACCAAAUGCUCCUUUUGUAAACUUGGAACAUACAUUUCCAGUUCUGGURAUCGAUGUGAAAGCUGCCCUGCAGGUGGAUUUUACCAAAAUGAGAUGUUGUACACUGGUAUCAAGUCACACGGCGUGGGGUGUAAAGAAUGCCCUCAUGGAAAAUACGYUGCACCGGAUAGAGCCCCAGGACGAGCYGAGACAGAUUGUCAGUCAUGCCCAUUAGGAACGGAGCUGAAUAMGUUUGCUGGUUUUCGUGCCUGUAGCUGUUUUGACGACUAUUACCGACUCAAUCGCUUUGAAGGCUGUCUUAUCUGCACCAAAGGUUACGUAUGUGUAAAUGAAACAAUACAUUUAGAACCAGGAUUCUACUGGAAGUGGAGCUCAAAGGAAAUAUUGGAGCAAUAUCAAAAGUUUUCUGCAGAACUGCAAAUUACGGAUAAAGACUACGAUUCCAAUUUCAUAAUGUUCAAAGGCAGCAUUCCUAUAGCCUAUGCUUGUCCUGUUGCCGAGUCCUGCAUGGGUGGUUUAUAUUCCCAGUGCAUAGCCGGUUAUGAAGGCCCUCUCUGUGCCAUCUGUGCAGCAGGUUACUUUCCUUUUCUAUCAACAUGCGAAAAGUGUCCAACCAUUCCCUGGAUUGCAGGACAAAUAAUCCUAAUUGUUGUUGUCUUCACUCUUCUAUUGUUUGUCAUAUUAGGASAYAAGAAAGGCAAAWAUUCACAGGGGAGGACAUUAACUGACAUUAUUCUUGCACGUCUGAAAAUUGUCAUCGGAUUCUAUCAAGUGUCUUCAUCUACCUUUGACUCCUUGUCCUACAUCAGCUUGCCAGGUCCACUUCUUUCGAUCAUGAAGUAUGCCAAGAUGAUUCAGCUUAAUCUCUUGCAGAUUCUCCCCCCAAGCUGUGUAUCUAACUCGAUGCAUACAAAUGCAUAUGCUCAGUUUCUCAUCAGCAUCGCCUUCUGUGCUAUAGUUGUGUCCUGUUGUCUUAUCGUUCUUGUUUUGAAGAGAAUUCAGAUAAAUCGUAAUAAUACAUUAAGCGUGUCUGCCAAGAUUGACAAGAUGUUCAAUGCCAAAGUACAAAGCUACAAAUGUUUAUUCCUUGUUCUGUUCAUCACCUUUCCAUCUACUUGUUCCCAAAUUUUCAAGAUAUUGCCCGAAUCCUGUCACGAACUGUGUUCCCAUUCGAAUAGCCAAUGCAGGUCGUACCUCCGAGCAGACUAUUCCAUCGAGUGUGAUGAUAAAACUCACAAAAUCUAUGGAAACCUCAGCAGAGUAGCCUUGCUGUACACCUUCAUCUUUCCGUUGUUCUUGCUUGUUAUCCUCAAGCGCGAGAGAGAAGCACGGAAGAAAGGAAAUCACGAAAGCACCUUUCCUGUUUUGCAAGGAACUAAAUUCUUGUAUGAAAACUACUCGCCAUCUUGUUGGUAUUGGGAGAUCCUUGAAUUAAUGAGAAAGAUUUUGGUUUCUUUGUUUUUGAUUCUGUUCCAAGUUGAAAGUCGCAUGGGCUUAGGAGUGACAACCAUCUUAUCCGGAGUCUACGCCGUGAUCUUCGCUUUGUAUAAACCAAUUGAAAAUAAGUUUGAGCAUUGGCUACAAAUGCUUUCUUUGCUAGCGAGUUCUGUGAACUUCACCGUUGGUAUGCUGCUGAAGAUCCCAUUGGAGGAGACGUCAUCCAGCAUUAACAGCAAAACUGAUGCUCUCAUAGUUACAGUUGUGCUCAUGGCUGCCAACAUUGUAGUCAUUGGACUAAUUUUAGUCACAUACAUGGCUAAAAUCGUCUCAGCAAUCAACGAACUAAGAAAGACCCCACGAUGCAAUCUUUCAUGCUUUCUGAGUGUCUUGCAGCUUGCAAGCGAUGCUCCUGGCAUUGGAGAGAAUGUUGACCAAGUUCUUGAUCGAGCAGAAAAAAGUCAAGAUAAGAUGCUAACUUGUAAUGUAGAGCGUAUCCAGGAGGCUAGCUUCGAUGAGGAAAAUAGUACAUGGGUUGAUGACAAACUUGGGAACCGCCAGAGCGAAUUCGGAAAACCCGAGAAAAUAAAGGUCAAGAAAAAGAUAUAGAUUCAUGGAUUUCUAAGAGUUAAAAGAUUUUGUUACUGCGUUCAAAACUAUAUUCAUGUUUUUUGCAACCUUAUAUUCGCUAGCUUAAUUUGGACAGUUUUAACGUUUUUUUGCGAAUAAACUAUAGACAUAUAAACUACAAUUAGGAUUGUGUUAGUUAUGAUAGGAAGAGAUAACUAGCUAAAACUAGUGCGAGAUGCCUCGGUGUAUUCUAAUGAAACAGUCAAUGAUAAAAUGGUAAAUUAUACACCAUUAUACACCUAGUCCUUCGUCGAAGUAAAAGAGCUCUUUUCACGGUGUAUAAUUAAUCAAUUUAGUUAUUGUAGUUUGAGUUAGUCUUACAAAAAUGUGUGUAGAUUGAUUAGAGAAUGUUCAACACAAGUUUAUGCAUAAGUGCAUGUAACAAAACAGCGCCGCAAAAAUAGCGUUACAUGAUCUUCCCUUUAUUCGUUAAUAUUAUAACAUACGUCA